AAGCCGAGAGGCGGAAGUGGGCAGUUUUAGUGGUGGAAAAAAAGUUCUCAUCGCCGUUUUCGUGUCAGUGUAAAAAGUUGGUCGUUUCUUGACUCCUGGGUGUCUGCCGACGCUUCUGGAAGCCUCCAAAGACGACGCGGCACCGUGAAACGUCAGCUAAAACAAGCAGGAUGGGGAGUGAAGGACACGCGGUGCAGAUUGUGGACGUGAACAAGGACGAUCACUCCUUUACGUUGAACACGGAGGCUUUAGCUCAGAUCCUGCUGGACCCAGAAGUCCGAGACAAACAUGUGGUGGUUCUGUCGGUGGCCGGAGCGUUCAGAAAGGGGAAAAGCUUUCUGCUCGACUUCAUGCUCCGUUACAUGCACAGAAAGAGUGACGAUAACUGGCUGGGUCAGGACAACGAGGAGCUGACUGGGUUUUCUUGGAGAGGCGGAUCGGAGCCGGAGACAACGGGCAUCCAGCUGUGGAGCAAAGUCUUUACCGUUCAGAAGAGCGAUGGGACAGAGGUGGCGGUGGUGUUGAUGGACACUCAGGGGGCGUUUGACGACCAGUCCACCGUGAAGGACUGCGCCACCAUAUUCGCCCUCAGCACCAUGACCAGCUCGGUUCAGAUCUACAAUCUCUCCCAGAACAUCCAGGAGGACGACCUGCAGCAGCUACAGCUGUUCACAGAAUAUGGUCGCCUGGCCAUGGACGAGAUCUUUCAGAAGCCCUUUCAGUCGUUGAUGUUUCUGGUCAGAGACUGGAGCUUUCCCUACGAGUACGGCUACGGCUUCAAGGGUGGCAACGACUUUCUGGAUAGGAGGCUGCAGGUGAAGGAGGCCCAACACGAGGAGCUGCAGACGGUGCGGGAACACAUCCAUUCGUGUUUCACCAAGAUCUCCUGCUUCCUGCUGCCCCACCCGGGCCUCAAGGUCGCCACCAACCCUGCGUUUCGGGGACAGCUCUCUGAAGUGGCACCUGAGUUCAAAGAGUACCUGCAGAAACUGAUUCCUAAACUGCUGCAUCCGGACAGCCUGGCCGAGAAAGAAAUCAACGGCAACAAAGUCACCUGCAGAGGCCUGAUGGAGUUCUUCAAGUCUUACAUUAAGAUUUACCAAGGAGAGGAUUUGCCUCAACCAAAGACCAUGCUCAUGGCCACAGCAGAGGCCAACAACCUGGCAGCCGUGGCAGCAGCUAAAGACCAAUAUCACAAAAACAUGGAGAGGGUCUGUGGGGGGGACCUGCCCUACGUGGCUCCAGAGACCCUGGAGGAGAAGCACAGGUUUUUCCACGGAGAAGCUGUCCACACCUUUACAUCCACCAAGAAAAUGGGAGGACAGGAGUUUUGUGAUCAAUACCAAGCUCAGCUGCAAAGGGAGCUGGAGGAGAUGUGGGUGUCGUUUAGGAAGCACAACGAGGCUAAAAACCUCUUCAGCGCCUUCAGGACUCCGGCGGUUCUCUUUGUGCUGAUGUGCCUCCUCUACGUGGUGUCGGGCGUGUUGCUCUUCGUCGGCCUGACCACCUUCGCCUUGGUGUGCGACUGCGGUCUGGGGUUGCUUAUGGUAGCCAUGCUAUUAUGGGCCUUCAUCCGCUACUCUGGCCAGUACCGGCCAGUGGGCGGCGCCAUUGACCAGGCUGCGGGGGUUGUCCUGGAGCAGGCUACAGAGAUGUUGAACAAGUCGAGAGGAGCCCCCGUCAGUGUCAAGAAGAAAUCCAGCUAGAGGACCAAAGCUCAGCAAUCUCAUUUCCUAGCAAGCGGCACACAACGCAAGCACACUUUCAGCACUAAAAGCCUUAUCAUCCGUCAGCCACAUUGGCCCUGGCUGACAACAACACGAUCCUGAUUCACCAGCAUGUCUGUUACGCAGAAAGCACAACCUGCUACUGUCCAGGUCCAAAGCCUCCUUACAAGUUUACAGGACUUAACAGAUAGGUCAAUGUUUACCUUUUAAACCUCAUGAAACAUCCAGUUUUCUAUCGUCGUCUCGUCUUACUGGGCUGAACGCUGACGAGACACCGGGUCAUUGUAGUCCGUCUUAAACAUAGCUCAAAAUGCAGCUUUAAAGCUUUUACAUUCUUGCCUGUUUUCUUACAGCUUUUUCAGAUUUUUCUCCCAUGUUCUUCACAGCCUCAAAGCGUUUCUUCUCUUUGUAGGUUUGCUUUAUGAUUAUUACAAGCUAGCAUUCCUAAAACGAUGGGCGGGAGGAAAAAAGAAACGCGCUUUCUACAAAGAGAAAUGCUGCAGAUUUUUAAGAGCAUUGUGUAAUUGUUUAAUUGAAACUAGUUUGUUUCUGUUAGACCCAUGAUGGAAACAUGUUAAACACUAUAGAAUAAAUAGGAUGCUGGUUAGGAUCGACUCACAUUCAACGGAAAAAAAAAAAAAAAAAACACUUCUGGGAUAAUAUGGUUGAAUCACCAGCAAACGAAUGCAAAUGAUCAGUCAGCCAAAGAGUUAGCUUUAAGGGUUCUAAUAUGUUUAGAUUGUACUGUUGUCUCUUCCUCUAUAAACUCAUAUUGUCUGCAAUAAACUCCAGGAAAUAUACAAGACCCUUAAUACUGAAAUAAAGUAACUGAGCACAAAACAACCAGGAUGUUUAAACUGAGCAAAACACGAAGUAAGCCUGCAGUAGUUGGCUGUGGCGGCUUCUUUCUGAUUAUUUUCAAGUGUUGUGAUUGCAAUUCUACUCAGUAAUAUAAUAUUUAUAUUAUAUUUAUAAGCUGUAAUUUGAGUUUUCAUAGAAACUGGGAAGCAACACUAAUACAUCUCCGUUGUGUCUUAGAAAAAAAAAAAACACGUUGGUGUUUUUUAUCUCCAGGUAAACAUGAUCAUUAAGCUUUCUCCUGAAGUUUUGUUACGCCUAGGAACCAAUGUAAAUAUAUCAGCUAAAGCUUGAAACGUUCUUCUUCACAGUGCGGCAACAUUUAGGCCGACUGGCUUGUUCUGCAUCUGCCGCUUGACCAAACAGUUUUGUUUUUCAGUCUCCGCAAGCCGGAUUAACUUGUUUGUUCUGUUUGGGGCCUUUGGGCGCUUCGUACGGCAAAUCAAAAAGGAAUCUGGUGGUGGAUUAAAGGGCUGUUAUUUGCUAAAAUGUCCUCCAUUCCUGGAUUAUUUUUUAUAGGUAUAAUGGGAUUGAUGAAAUAAAAAAGAAACAUUAAGUAUUUUUAAAAAAGAUCCAUUGUAGUGUGUAAUGACAGCCACAAUGUGCACUUUAACACCCAAUCAUAUAUCGUGCACUCGAACACAGAGUGGAGGCAUGUGAAGAUUAAAAUUAGGGCUUUAUUCUCAAAUUGAAUGCAGGAAACAGUUUGUGCUAGUCUGAAACAUUCUGGCUGAGAAGUGACUAUAGAAAUGUUAAGUUUUCACCUUAUGUGUUCUUUGCAUUUCUCUUGUCUUUUUUUUUUUUUUUUUUUCCCACAAACGGAGGGAAUUUGUGGAUGUCUUCAAUUAGUUGUUAUUGCACUUUGCCUCCUCUUUGGUGCUUGUUGCACACAGCUCAUUCCAAAAGUGGGAAACAAAUGCAUGCAAUAUUGUAGUAACAGCAAAUGUAACGAUCUCCUGCAGUGAUUAGAUGACCAAGUUAGACAUAAUUCUGUUUCAUAAAGAAUAAACAGAGAUUUACACAGUUA